AUGAACCAAUACCCCAAGGACCGAUGCAUACCUGAAGAACUACCUGCCCUGGUUGAAGUACUUCCUCAUAUAUCAAUAUUGAGUCCCAAUGCGGAGGAGGCCCUGUCGCUUCUCUCCAUGCCCGCGACACCCACUAGGAUUCUCAUAGAAGAAGCGUGCCAUAGACUCUUAGAUCUUGGAGUUGGGCGCGAAGGGCAUGGAUCUGUUAUAAUCCGGAGCGGGGCGAUGGGUGCAUAUGUCGCGACAAGAAGAAGAGGCGGAAGGUGGGUGGACGCAUUCUGGACAGAUGCCGACAGAGAAGCGCAUAUAGUCGACGUCACCGGUGCAGGGAACAGCUUUCUCGGAGGACUUGCUGCAGGUUUGCUGUUUACGGACGGCGAUGUGCAUGAAGCUACACUGUAUGCCACGGUUUCAGCAUCAUUCACCAUCGAACAAGAAGGUUUACCUCGACUUACACACACUGAAACCAACGACGGCGAGGCGAUUGAAGAAUGGAAUAGAGACUUGCCUCGAAGGAGGCUCAAAGAGCUACAACGACGCCUGCACAAAGUUACAGAGUAG